GGAGCAUCCUGGGUAGCCAAUCAGUGGGUAGCUGGGGGGGGGGGGCCCGCUUUGAAGAAGUUUAGGGGGAAAAAGUUUGGAAAAGUUUCUAUAAUAACGAGGGGGCAUCCGGAAGGAGGCGGCAGCGACGGAGGAGGGGGCUCUGAGAAAAGGGGAGGGAGGGAGCCGUGUGCGUGAAGACACAGCAGCCUCCUGAGCGCCCCCCUCCCACCCAGGGCGCGACCUGGGGGUCUGGCCGGAUCCAUGGGGGCAGCGAGCUGCGAGGAUGAGGAGCUGGAAUUUAAGCUGGUGUUCGGGGAGGAAAAGGAGGCCCCCCCACUGGGCGCCGGGGGGUCUGGGGAAGAACUGGACUCCGAGGAUGCCCCGCCAUGCUGCCGUCUGGCCCUGGGGGAGCCCCCUCCCUACGGUGCUACCCCUAUUGGCAUCCCCCGACCUCCCCCGCCUCGGCCUGGCAUGCACUCUCCACCGCCCCGCCCCGCGCCCUCGCCGGGCACCUGGGAGAGCCAGCCUGCCCGGUCGGUGAGGCUGGGGGGACCCGGAGAGAGUGCUGGGGGCGCUGGGGGCGGCCGAGUCCUUGAGUGUCCCAGCAUCCGAAUCACCUCCAUCUCUCCCACGCCUGACCCUCCGGCCCCGCUGGAGGACAACGCUGACGCCUGGGGGGACGGCUCGCCUAGAGACUACCCCCCAGUAGAAGGCUUUGGGGGCUACCGAGAGGCAGGUGGCCAGGGCGGAGGAGCCUUCUUCAGCCCGAGCCCGGGCAGCAGCAGCCUGUCCUCGUGGAGUCUCUUCUCCGACGCCUCCGACGAGGCGGCCCUGUACGCCGCCUGUGAUGAGGUGGAGUCUGAGCUGAACGAGGCGGCCUCUCGCUUCGGCCUGGGCUCCCCGCUGCCCUCCCCCCGGGCUUCCCCCAGGCCAUGGACCCCAGAGGAUCCCUGGAGCCUGUACGGCCCCAGCCCCGGAGGUCGGGGGCCAGAGGAUAGCUGGCUACUCCUCAGCGCUCCUGGGCCCACCCCAGCCUCUCCGCGGCCAGCCUCUCCCUGUGGCAAGAGGCGCUAUUCCAGCUCCGGAACCCCAUCUUCGGCCUCCCCAGCCCUGUCCCGGCGUGGCAGCCUGGGGGAAGAGGGAUCAGAGCCACCACCACCACCGCCGUUGCCUCUGGCCCGGGACCCUGUCUCUCCUGGUCCCUUUGAUUACGUGGGAGCCCCACCGGCUGAGAGUAUCCCCCAGAAGACCCGGCGGACUUCCAGCGAGCAAGCAGUGGCCCUGCCUCGGUCCGAGGAGCCUGCCUCAUGCAAUGGGAAGCUGCCCUCAGGAGCCGAGGAGACGGGGGCUCCUCCUGGGGGUCCCCGGAAGGAAGUGGCCGGCAUGGACUACCUGGCGGUGCCUUCUCCCCUGGCUUGGUCCAAGGCUCGGAUUGGGGGACACAGCCCCAUCUUUAGGACCUCUGCCCUCCCCCCACUGGACUGGCCUCUGCCUAGUCAGUAUGAGCAGCUGGAGCUGAGGAUUGAAGUGCAGCCUAGAGCUCACCACAGGGCCCAUUAUGAGACAGAAGGCAGCCGAGGGGCUGUCAAAGCUGCUCCUGGUGGUCACCCCGUUGUCAAGCUCCUAGGUUAUAGUGAGAAGCCACUGACUCUACAGAUGUUCAUCGGCACUGCAGAUGAAAGGAACCUGAGGCCUCAUGCCUUCUAUCAAGUACAUCGUAUCACAGGCAAGAUGGUGGCCACAGCCAGCUAUGAAGCUGUAGUCAGUGGUACCAAAGUGUUGGAGAUGACCUUGCUCCCUGAGAACAACAUGGCUGCCAACAUUGACUGUGCUGGAAUCCUGAAGCUUCGGAAUUCAGACAUUGAGCUGCGGAAGGGUGAGACAGACAUCGGGCGUAAGAACACACGAGUGCGGCUGGUGUUCCGAGUACAUGUGCCUCAGGGCGGCGGGAAGGUCGUUUCUGUGCAGGCUGCAUCCGUGCCCAUCGAGUGCUCCCAGCGCUCAGCCCAGGAGCUGCCUCAGGUGGAGACUUACAGCCCUAGUGCCUGCUCUGUGAGAGGAGGGGAAGAACUGGUGCUGACUGGCUCCAACUUCCUGCCAGACUCCAAGGUGGUGUUCAUUGAGAGAGGACCUGAUGGAAAGCUGCAAUGGGAGGAGGAGGCCACAGUGAACCGACUGCAGAGCAACGAGGUGACUCUGACUCUGACUGUCCCUGAGUACAGCAACAAACGGGUAUCCCGACCAGUCCAGGUCUACUUUUAUGUUUCCAAUGGGCGGAGGAAGCGCAGUCCUACCCAGAGUUUCAAGUUUCUGCCUGUGAUCUUCAAGGAGGAGCCCCUACCAGUCUCAACUCUUCCGGGUUUCCCUUCAGCACCUGGCCCCCAAUUUGGCUCUGAUAUGGACUUCUCACCACCGAGGCCCCCAUACCCCUCCUAUCCCCAUGAAGACCCUGCUUAUGAGACUCCUUACCUGUCAGAUGGCUUCGGCUAUGGCACACCCCCUCUGUAUCCCCAAACAGGACCCCCACCAUCUUAUAGACCAGGCCUGCGGAUGUUCCCUGAGACGGGAGGCCGUGGCCGCCCACCUCCCAUCUCCUUCCUUCCCCGCCCCUUCCCUAAUGAUUUAUAUGGAGGACGGGGCUCCUCUUUUCCCAUGGGGCUUCCAUUCCCUCCUCCAGCCCCCUUCCGGCCGCCACUUCCUUCUUCCCCACCAAUUGAAGUCCCCUUCCCUCCCCAAAGUAGUGUUCAUCCUCUACCUGCUGAGGGGUACAAUGAGGUUGGGCCAGGCUAUGGCCCUGGAGAGGAGGCUCCAGAGCGGGAGAAAUCCAGAGGUGGCUACAGCAGCAGCAGCUUCCGAGACAGUGUCCCUAUCCAGGGUAUCACGCUGGAGGAAGUGAGCGAGAUCAUUGGCCGAGACCUGAGUGGUUUUCCUGCUCCUUCUGGAGAAGAGCCUCCUGCGUGAACCACAUCUGGCCACCGUAGCCCUGGCCUCAACCCUGCCUCGUGCCCUCCUUCCUGGCACACUGGCUCCGGAAUCUUGGGCCAACUCUGUUUUCUCUUUCCCCAGCUUCUGCCUCCCUCUGUCAGCUGAGGUUUGAGGCUCUAGGCCUGUCUGGUGCUGCCUUGAAGGGCUAGGGAAGGGAGAAAGUGGAAGAUGAAGAAGAGAUGGGGCAGAGACUGAAGCUGAGUGCCAGACCUGACUGGGGGUGAAGAUGAUGUCCAGAUUGUGUGCAGGCUCCAAUGCUGGGAAGCUGGGGACAGAUUGAUGGGUAAUAAACUGCUCACUGACUAGUG